AUGGUACAUAUGCCGAGGUGCUUGGCAAAUAUGAACAUCCCUUCAAGUUUAGAUGUUUUGACAAUCAUUUUACUGGAAAACAAUCAUUUUACUGGAAAAAUCUUCCCCCUUGGUGGAUUGACAUCCAUUCAAUAUUUAAGUCUUUCAGACAAUCACUUUGAAAUCCCGAUUUCAUUUGGUCCAUUCUUCAACCAUACAAAACUCAAGUAUUUUUAUGGGAGGGAUAAUGAGGUCUAUUCAGAAAUAAAAGUAUACAAUUCGAUUCCAAAAUUCCAAUUAGAGAGUCUUAUGUUAUCUAGUCUGGGAUACGGUGGAGUCUUUCCCAAAUUCCUCUACUAUCAGCGUAACUUAAAAGAAGUUGAUCUCUCAAAUAAUAAACUGGAGGGAAGCUUUCCAAUUUGGUUGUUAAAGAACAAUACAAAACUAGAAAAACUUUAUUUAGCCAAUAAUUCUCUUUCAGGACAUUUUCAAUUGCCGAUUCAUACGAGCCUAUUAAGGUUAGAUAUCUCCAAUAAUGAUUUCAGUGAUAGCAUUCCCAAUUCAUUUAGCAAUGUCAGCUUCUUGGAAUAUUUAAAAUUGGAUGGAAAUCAAUUCAUAGGAAAUAUUCCAAACAGCUUAUCCAAUUGUUCCUUCUUGGAAUUGCUAGAUAUCAGUGAUAAUCAUCUCUCAGCUGUUAUACCAGAGUGGAUGGGCAACAUGCCUUCUCUUAGAGUUUUGGACCUUUCAAGAAACAUCAUCUCUGGAAAUCUACCAUCAAACUUCAACCCUCCACAAUUAUUACAUGUUUACUUAUCUGAAAAUAGAAUACAAGGAACAAUCUCCUACAAGGAACAAUCCAAGGCAUUCUACAAUUGCUUUCAAUUGGAAGUGUUAGAUCUUAGAAAUAAUUUGUUGAACGGAACUAUUCCAAAAUGGAUUGGCGAGAGACUUUCUUUUUUAAGCUAUGUUUCCUUGAGUUAUAACAAUUUUGAAGGUCAAAUUCCAAACCAGCUUUGCAAUUUGGAAUUUUUACAAUUAAUUGAUUUGUCUAACAAUAAUCUUUCUGGUCAUAUCCCUCCUUAAAUUUCUCAUGAAAUUGGAAAGUUUGAGAAUAUGCAAGUGUUGAACCUUUCUCACAAUAGUUUGACGGGACAAAUUCCAACAACAUUUUCCAACCUCAGUCAGAUAGAGAGUUUGGAUCUUUCUUACAACAAGUUGAACGGAAAAACCCCUACUCAGCUUGCUCAACUAAAUUAUUUAGCAGUUUUCAGUGUAGCAUUUAACAAUCUAUCUGGAAAGACACCUGAUAGAGUUGCUCAAUUUGCCAAAUUUGAUAAGAGUAGCUAUGAGGGAAAUCCUUAUCUUUGUGGACUUCCAUUACCAAAUACUUGCAGUGCAACAUUAUCACCACCAUUGAUGCCUAGAGUUUCAACAGAUGAAAAACAAGAGGAGAAUGGCUUCAUAGACAUGAAUAUUUUCUUUAUUAGCUUUUUAGUAGCAUACUUGAUGGUACUAUUGUCAAUAGCUUCAGUUUUGAGUAUAAACCCUCAAUGGUGA